ACUAUCGCACUUCAAACAAGUGAAAGAAAGUUAAUCACAACUUCACUAUGGGCAGGUAAGGGACUUUGAAUACAUGCAGAGUGGAGGCGUGGCGCUUACAUGUUUCAGAAUAUGCUCCAAUACACUCCUAGUAGCUUAAUAAAACACGAUAUAAUAAUAAAAAACAUCUAUACUCUUCAACAAAUAAUAGAUAAGAAUGAAACAGUGGUAUUUCCCCUUAAAGAAUUAUACUAAGACACAAAUUAGAUCGCUCGUUUCGUGUCCCGUCUCCCCCGCUGGCCUGUAAACAAACACUGGGUAGCGCGUGGCUGUUGUAAUGGUCAGGUGCUCGAGCGGGCCAGCGGGUACAAGACAAAGGGGACAUAUUCUACAACUGCGCUUCACCUCCACUACUUUCCAAAGGCUGUAGUUGAAGUUAGAUGUGUUUUUAAGGAUGUUUUUACGGUUCAGGGUACAGGUUAAGUAUAUUUCUACAUUAUGAAGAGGAGAAACACUCUUGGGAACCCGGUUAAUCAUCCCUGUGGCAUUGGAAAAGAGUCGUGGUGAGAGAGUAAGAGAGAGAGCACAGGGCUUUUGAGUACGGUCAGAAACGCGUGCGUGUGUGUUUGUACGUGAGUAUGAGCCAAAAUUCCACAGUGCAUAAGAUGUGGGGGGGGUAUCACUUUGCCUACACACACACACACACACACACGCACACACACAGACGCAGCAAAGCAAGGAAUCCAUUUUUUUUCUCUCUCUUUCUUUCCGCGUCUCAGAAUUUCCUUGCCACGUGGCGUCGUACGUGCGGGAACUCAUGUUGUACACGCGCCCCUCAGCACGUACGACCCACUAUGCUGACCUGGGCGUCCACACAGCGCGUCUUGCACGGAACAUAAAUGUAUCCCAUAGCUCCUAGCCUGACCAGUUUCCCGUGAGCAUUGGAGAGAGAGAGAGAGAGAGAGAGAGAGAGAGAGAGAGAGAGAGAGAGAGAGAGAGAGAGAGAGAGAGAGAGAGAGAGAGAGAGAGAGAGAGACUAUAAAGAAAGAAACGAUAGAGUGAGAAAGUAGAGGAUGUAGUGAAAGAAGUGAUAGAGAAAGACGAAAGAGAUAAAGCGAGAGAGAGAGAGAGAGAGACGGUCGAGAAAAAGACGAUAGAGAGAAAGAGAAAGCCCUACUCUUUGAGAACUCUACAUGGAGACUCGAGUACGUCUCUUGUUUUCUGCUUCAGUUGUGUUUGUGAACCUGUGAAUUUUUUUUCUCUUCAAAGGCACUUCAGAUUAUCAAUAUUUCUCUUCCUUCUCUGUCCUUUGAUCCUGCCUCUUCUUUGGGACACAAAGGCGCGUUGCAUCUCAAAGUUUGAGGAUGGAUCUAUAUCAUGGUUAGAAGGAACAUUCUCAGGAGGAUACUGUUGCCAGUCACCUCCAGAGGCUCAGGCAGGAAGCCUGCUGGCGGCGAUAGUCCGACAGUGUUUACCGUGAUAGAAACAUUACAUGUUGCUGGCAGUGACGGUGAGUGCGUGGCGGCGUGACGAGUGUUGCGUCUCCCACAGGGCGCCGUGAUGGCGGGAGCGCUACUGCCCUCCAAGCACGCCGCGGGCCUCCACGCCCUGCUGCCUGGGCUCGGAGACCAGAUUCACCCUCACCUGGUAGACUCCUGCGAGGCACAGACGCCGCCCUCGGAGCCUGCAGCCAAAGACUCUCCCUUAGGCACGCCAGGAGCCGCCCCUCCGUGCCCCACGGCAGACCUAGGAGCGGCAGGUGGGUUGUGCAGCAUGCAGCGCAGUGCGCGGUACGGGCGCUACCUGGUGACGCAGCGCGCCGUGGCGGCGGGCCAAGUGCUGCUGGAGGAGACGCCCCUGCUGGUGGUGCCAAAGGUGGACUCCGAGACGUCCUGCCUGGCCUGCAUGGCGCCCCUCAGGGUGGAGUGGACGGCCUGUCGCACGUGCGGCGGGCCGCUGUGUGCGACGGACUGCCGCGGCGCUCACCACGGCGCUACGGAGUGCCGCCUGCUGCAGCGCAUGGGCUUCAGAGAGGCGCCGCACCUUGAGGCGCUCAUCAAGGAGCUCAACGUGAUUCUGGGGCCGCUGCGCCUGCUGCUGCUGGUGCAGGAGUCGCGCGCCGCCAGGGAGGCAUUUUUGUCCCUGGAGAGCCACGCCGCGGUGCGCCUCAGGCUCCCCGUGGGCAAGUUCGUGGAGGAGCACAUCGUGGGGGGCCUGCGGCAGCGCCUGGGCCUGGCGCUGCCGCGGGAAACCGUGCACCACGCGUGCGGCGUGCUGGACACCAACUGCUUCGAGGUGACGCUGGACAACGCAGGCCACGGCAGGGCCAUCUUUCCCGCCGCGGCCAUGAUGAACCACAGCUGCGUGCCCAACGCCCACUGGUGGUUCUACCGCGGCAGGCUGGUGGUGUGCGCCGCCACGGCCCUGCCCCGCGGCACACCGGUCCUCAUCAGCUACACGCAUGCCCUGUGGGGCACGCGCGUGCGCGCUGCUCAGCUCACCACGUGCAAGAUGUUCACGUGCACGUGUGAGCGGUGCAGGGACCCCGCGGAGCGCGGCUCACACCUCAGCUCCGUGCGCUGCCGCGUCUGCGGGGACGUGGUGGUGCCACCCUCACAGCGGCAGGACGCCUGGCAGUGCCGCGCCUGCGGGAACACCGUGGAGGCGGCGCUGGUGGAGGCCCUGGUGCACGCGGGCGCCACGCAGCUGGCGCACCUGAGGGAGGAGACGGCCGCCGGGGUGGUCGCCGCCGUGACGCAUCUGAGCCGCUUGUUGGGUCCUCACCACUACGUCGUGGCGCGCGCCAGGCACUGCUUCCUCGAGGUGCUCUUCGCCGCGCCGCUGUCAGAGGCGCCCAAAGACCUGCUGCAGGAGGCGGUGAACUUGGCGCGCCACCUGACGGCGGUGCUGCAGCUGCUGGAGCCCGGCGUGUCCAGGAUGACAGGUCUGUUGCUGUACUACGAGACAGCUGCGGCUACGGAACUGCUGCUGCGGGAGGGCACAGGUGACGAGGAAGCCAGGCAGACACUCCUGAAUCAAGCAACACAUGUGGAAAGCUUACUGCAGUAUGAUCGUUUCUUGCCCCGAGCCGCCCUCCUCAGUGCUGCCCUGCGUGAAUGGUGCCCCGCCGCUCGGACCCAAUGAACACAGACACUCACUCAUUCACUCACAACACUCGGUAAAGGAGCAGUGUAAGAAAAGUCACUCACUCACUCACUCACUCACUCGCAUUCACAAUACUUAAAAAAAAAAAGUCGAUAAAAAAGAAAAGGGUUAUAAGAAAUGUGAUUAAUAGUGUUAAGGAGUGACAGAUUCGCUUCUCACCACUCACAACACACAAAAAAAAGUAUGAAAUGUUUAUGAGCAUCGACAGAACAAAAGAGAGUUGAAAAAAGGGAAUGACAGUAUUUGAGUCGUGACAAAUUCCCUUUCAUCGUGAUAUCCAACAGUUCACAGUACCAGAGAACCUAAGGCCUAAGGGAAAUAGCACAGCCUACCGAAGCUAUAGCACAAGAACACAGAUAACAAUUGAACAAAUGAAUGAACAAAUAUCAACUUAGGCCUAAGGGAAAUAAAAGAGCCUACCGGAGCUAUUGGCCAAUACAUGACAUAGAGUAAAUGAAUAAAUAAAUGAAAUGAAAUAAAUCUUGAGUCUUGCGUUUGUACAUAGUAAGUAACACACGGUAAUCUGAGUUAAUAGUGAAUGUUAUGAAAUAUAGUGUUAGUAAUAUAAGUUGUAUAAUUUAAUGGUAAUAGUUAAGUAAAAGGUUCUUUGUAAUUUUGUAAUAUAAGUUGUGUUUUACUUGAUAUGAAUGUUGUUUUAGUAAAUUUGUCAACUAUUGAAAGUACACGGUUAUUUUUCUUUAUAUGAAUAAAACUCCCAUUAAACUACUGGGAAGAUAAGGGCCAUACAUGCACAAUACUCGCCAACCUAUCACUGGAAUCCUUAAAAUUAUGAAAACACCCUUGAAAACCCCCAUAACUUUCACUAGAGCCUGUUGAACCAUCACUAGAAUCAUGAAAAACCCUUGAAAACCCCCAUAACUUUUACUAGAGCCUGUUGAACCAUGACAAUAAUCAUGAAAACCCUUGA